AAAACAAGAAGAUAAUUUGUAGGUUGGGGAAAAGAUAUCGAAAGCAAAAAUUUGGAUUGUAGUUAAAGCACUGCACUCCUCUAGAGGCAGCUCCACUACCCUUAUCGCCACCCCCGCCCGUAGCCCUAACCUGCAUUUCCUCACUCCAAUUCAAAUAAAAAACCCAUAAACACGCCUCUAAAUUCAACAACUUUUUUCAGGUUGGUUUAAUCUUGGUUCAUAGGUAAGAAUGGCAAGCACGUGCAUAUCAACAUCGGCUUCGUCUCUUCGAUUAAGUUCUCCGCUCUUCUCUCCAAACAAUCUUGAUUCUCAUAAGUUUUCUCUUCAUUUGCAUCCCCUUCGUCCCAGGAAAUUGAAGAAGCUACUUGGUAAUCAAAAGAAUGUGAUUAGUUCUCAGCCAAAGGCUGUUUACACCGGAGAGUUUUGGGCUCCAGAGACAAGUUCUCGACAGGGAAUUUGGUCGAUAAGGGAUGAUUUGCAAGUUCCACCGUCACCUUACUUUCCUGCAUAUGCACAAGGGCAGGGGCCGCCUCCAAUGGUGCAAGAGAGAUUUCAAAGUGUUGUCAGCCAACUUUUUCAAUACAGAAUUAUUCGCUGUGGUGGAGCCGUUGAUGAUGAUAUGGCAAACAUUAUUGUUGCUCAGCUUCUCUAUCUUGAUGCUGUUGAUCCUAAUAAGGACAUUGUCAUGUAUGUCAAUUCCCCUGGAGGGUCAGUUACAGCCGGUAUGGCUGUAUUUGACACUAUGAGGCAUAUACGGCCCGAUGUCUCGACUGUGUGUGUUGGACUUGCAGCUAGCAUGGGAGCCUUUCUGCUUAGUGGAGGAACCAAAGGAAAACGAUACAGUUUACCUAAUUCAAGGAUAAUGAUACAUCAACCUCUUGGUGGAGCUCAAGGAGGUCAAACUGAUAUCGACAUUCAGGCGAACGAAAUGCUGCAUCAUAAGGCGAACUUAAACGGGUAUCUUGCUUACCAUACCGGCCAAAGUUUGGAGAAGAUUAACCAGGACACCGACCGUGAUUUUUUCAUGAGCGCAAAAGAAGCAAAAGAAUACGGACUAAUCGAUGGUGUCAUCAUGAAUCCGCUCAAAGCACUUCAGCCACUACCCGCCACAGCUGAUAGUGAUGAAUAGUAGCCUCCUGGUGUUGCUAUUUGUUCCUUUUAGCCAACUUCGCUGUCAAUGACAUGGCUAUCUACAUUUUCUGUUUAGAGAGAACUAGAAAUAUGAUUUUGCCAACUUUCUGAUUGUCUUUGAAUAGUAAUACUGGAUAAUGGAUCA